AUGUCGACCACCGCCGAAUCCACCCGCAAGAACAUGCCCUCUGCAUUGACAUUUGAACGGCACGCGAAAUGUUCGGCUACAAAAGCCCGAGCGAGUACCCUCCAUCUUCCCCAUGGCGCUGUUCCUCUGCCAAUUUUCAUGCCCGUCGCAACGCAAGCGUCCCUCAAAGGCCUUACAUAUGAUCAACUGCGCGAUACAGGGUGCAUGCUAUGCCUCAAUAACACCUACCAUCUCGGAUUGAAGCCGGGACAGGAAGUCCUUGAUGCUGUCGGUGGCGCACACAAAUUACAAGGCUGGGAUCGUAACUUGCUUACCGACAGUGGAGGCUUCCAGAUGGUAUCUCUCCUUAAGUUGGCUACUGUUACUGAGGAAGGUGUGCGAUUUCUCAGUCCGCACGAUGGCUCGCCCAUGCUUUUGACUCCCGAGCACUCGAUCUCACUUCAGAACUCGAUUGGCUCAGACAUCAUCAUGCAAUUGGAUGAUGUGAUUGCAACGACUUCCCCAGAUCAUGCACGAAUCAAAGAGGCCAUGGAGCGUUCUAUUCGGUGGUUGGAUCGCUGCAUUGAUGCGCAUCAGUACCCCGAACGACAAAAUCUUUUCUGCAUUAUCCAAGGUGGUCUAGAUUUGGGACUUCGGAAACAGUGCUGUGAGGAAAUGGUAGCCCGAGAUACUCCCGGAAUCGCUAUCGGAGGGUUGUCCGGUGGUGAAGCUAAGGAGGAGUUUUGUAAAGUUGUGGAUACCUGCACUUCAGCUCUUCCAGAUAACAAGCCGAGAUAUGUGAUGGGCGUGGGAUAUCCUGAAGAUAUCGUUGUCGCAGUCGCUCUUGGAGCUGAUAUGUUCGACUGCGUUUGGCCGACAAGAACAGCGCGCUUCGGACAAGCGAUUGUCUCAUCGGGCACAAUGAACCUACGCAAUAAAAUUUAUUCCGAGGACUUCACUCCCAUCGACGAAGGCUGCGAUUGCACCUGUUGCCGGCCUACGGAUCAAGGUGGCCUUGGUCUUACCAAGGCAUAUAUGCACCAUGUGACGGCGAAAGAAACCGUCGGUGCUCAUCUGCUCUCAAUCCAUAAUGUGCAUUUCAUGUUGAACUUAAUGGGCAAGGUGCGACAGGCUAUUCUUGAAGAUAGAUACCCCGCCUUCGUUCGCGAUUUCUUCUCCAAGAUUUACGACGGGGAUAAGUCUAAGUAUCCUGAGUGGGCAGUCGGUGCGCUGCGUGGAGUUGGAAUGGACCUGUUGGCAGAUUGA